UCCGCCUCCGCCUCCCAACAACAACAAUGGCGCCUAUGUUUACAUUUUUACUGAGACUAAUUUUCCUAUUAUUUUCAAUUUUCUUGAAUUAUGGUUGUAGUUUCGACAUCGACGUUUCGAAAACUCGAGUAUGGGGACCGGGUUUGCAUCCUGAGACAAUUGUUCUUCCUGCUCGUUACUUCUUUAUUCACCCUGUUGACAAGAACAACGUAAGUUUAGAGCAAUCUCCUGGGGAUGUCUUUAAGGUCAAAAUACUUGGGAAGUCUUCCACCGGACAACUUGUCAAUGGUCGAGCCUCAAUUCAAGUUUUGGACCGCAAAGAUGGCUCAUUUAUUGUGCGCUACAAACUGCAUGAUUCUGUUCGAGACCUAGAAAUCCAUAUUCAGUACAACGACAGACAUGUCGCAGGAUCUCCAUUCCAGACUCAAGGUGUCUCAUUUGCUGAAGAAUGUGACUGCCCAAAGAACAAGUUAACAGAGUGGCUGGAAGACAUGGAGUGCCCCAUGUAUGACCAAAUUAAUCAGGAUUUGAAACCAUUUCGGAGGGUGAUGUUUAGCAAGCUGUAUCCUGUAUUCAUAGAACGGUUCAAUCAGCCGGAAAGUAUGAGCUUGUGCAACUAUAUACUGAAAGAUAACAAGAUUUUCCGGAGAUGCUUUGGCAAACAUGUUGGAUUUAAGAUGUUCAUCGAUGCUAUACUUCUGUCUCUAGCUCGGAAAACAUGUCUCCCAGACAUGGAAAUUUUUUUUAAUUUGGGAGAUUGGCCGCUUUCACCUAGUGCUGGAAGACCUUUACUUCCUUUGUUUUCUUGGUGUGGUUCUGACGAUACUGUUGAUAUUCAUCUGCCAACUUAUGAUAUAACCGAAUCUAGUCUACAGUGUAUGGGCAGGGUGAUGCUAGAUAUGCUGUCUGUACAGACUAGUGUGGACCGACCAUGGGAUGACAGGGAGCCAAAGGCAUUUUGGAGAGGCAGGGAUUCCAGAAGAGAGCGGUUGCGCCUAGUAGAACUGUCAAGAAAACACCCCGAACUCUUGAAUGCUUCUCUCACUAAUUUCUUCUUUUAUCGGAGUGAAGAAGAAAUUUAUGGUCCAAAGGAAAAGCAUGUUUCAUUCUUCAAGUUCUUUGACUAUAAAUAUCAAAUUAAUGUGGAUGGCACUGUAGCUGCAUACCGUUUCCCUUAUCUUUUGGGUGGAGGGUCCAUGGUGAUAAAACAAGAUUCCAAAUACCAUGAGCACUUCUAUGGUUUGGUUAAGCCUUGGCAGCACUAUGUGCCUGUUAAACAUGACUUGUCUGAUUUGAUAGAGCGCAUACGUUGGGCUCACGACAAUGAUGUAGAAGCAAAGAAAAUUGCACAAGCAGGCCAAAAGUUUGCUCAAGAAAACUUGAUGCCAAAAGACAUAUUCUGUUACCAUGGCAGACUGUUGCAGGAGUGGACCAAGAGACUUGUUGAUCCUGUUGAAGUUAGACCAGAGAUGGAAAUGGUUCCACAACCAUCAGACUCUGCAAAAUGUAACUGUGAAAGAUCCACUGUCCAAGUAAACACUCUCAAGGAGGAACUGUGAAAUGUACGAAUAUAGCCCAACUUGUACAUGGGUUUAAUUUUUUUCUGCUUUUGUUUUUAGAACUGAUUAUUUCAUUCCAUAUAAGGUUUUGUGAAAAGAUUAUACUCUUAUGAUGUGUAUACUAGAUUGUAACGAUUUCCUACCAAAGAUUUCUGUGAAUAAAUAUGUAUUUUUGACAAUA